AUGGUCUCAGCUGAAUCAUCUCAAAUUAAUGAUGAUUUAUGUACUAAAUCCAGAAAUCGCAUUGAGCAGGAUCUACAUGUGUGGGAUUCAAUUGAAGAAUUAGAAAGUGGAAGGCGGAUGGUAGGGGUUCUGAACCAGUUAGAUCAUUACUUUAACCUUCACAAGGCACCAACAACCACUGUGUACAUGUGCAGUCAUCAAAUAGACUAUAUAAAAUCUCGUCUGGCCAACGUAGGAUGGGAUUGUGGCUACCGAAACUGUCAGAUUCUUAUGAGCUUCCUUCAAAAGAAUCGCAUAUUGAAACGCAUAGGAGAUAUCGCCCAACUGCAGAUAUGUUUAGAAAAAGCAUGGGAUCAAGGCAAGCAUCAAGAUUACGAUACAGUUGGAGCGAAACUAUUUGAGAAAGAUGUGUACAAGACAACUAAGUGGAUAGGGACUACUGAAGUUCACACACUAUUCUCCUACCUCGGCAUUAGAACCACAAUUUUAGACUUUUCACAACCAAGUGGUCCUAAUCAACAGCAUGGUUUUCUGCUGGACUGGAUUCAAUCAUACUUUUCUACUAAUGAAGCUCCUCCGCUUUACCUCCAAUACUCUGGCCAUAGUGUCACAGUCAUUGGGAUUGAGAUCACUCGAAAAAAGCGAAGCCUACUUUUACUCGAUCCUCAGCGUCACUGGUUCCGUGCCUUUUCUUCGAAUAAGACACCAUCAUUCUUUAAAAGACCAUUUCGUAUGCACCCUAGAGAGAUUUCAAGGAAUCCACAGUAUCAGAUCCUAGUAUUGGGAAAAGUUACUGAUAAACGGAAUCAAGAAGCUAAUACUUCUGAUACCCCUGGGUCACUUGUGUGGCAGCCUGAUUACUUGCUCACAGACAUCGAAAGAGAUACCAUGAAAGUUGUUUCAACCAUUAGAGUUAUAUAG